AGGGAGAAGAAGACGUGUCACCUUUGUGAGAGUCAGUUUGCAGGAUGGGUAAUACUAAGAGCAGCGCUUUGUCGAAGGAGCUCCUGGAGGAACUGAAAUCCAAUACAAAAUACUCAGAGGCUGAGCUCUGCACCUGGUACCAGUCCUUCCUCAAGGAAUGUCCCAGCGGGAAGAUCACCAAGCAGCAGUUUGAAGGCAUCUACGCCAGCUUCUUCCCAAACGCAGACCCAACAGAGUAUGCACGGCACGUGUUCAGGAGUUUCGACACCAAUGCGGACGGCACGUUGGACUUUAAGGAGUACAUUGUUGCUCUGCACCUGACAUCCGGGGGGAAGACUCUGCAGAAGCUGGAGUGGGCCUUCGCUUUAUACGACGUGGACGGGAAUGGAACCAUCAGCAAAAGUGAAAUCCUAGAGAUUGUUAGGUCAAUAUUCAACAUGAUUCCUGUUGAUGACCAGAAGCACCUCCCUGAGGAUGAAAAUACGCCGGAGAAGAGGGCGGAAAAAAUCUGGGAAUUCUUUGGGAAGAAGGACAACGACAAAAUCUCAGAGGGAGAAUUCAUCCAGGGUGUGAUGGACAACAAGGACAUCCUGCGAUUGAUACAAUACGAUGAACCUCAGAAAAUUAAAGACAAGCUCAAAGAGAAGAAGCAAUAAGAUACUGGCAGCAAAGGGGGACAGAAGAAAGCCCCCUCAUGUCAUCUUAAGACUGUUUUAUUUUUCUGUUUACAUUCUAACAUGAUCUGGGUCUUGACCACUUGAUCUACACCUCUCUCUUUUUCUAUUUUGUUAAUUUUUUGGCCAUAGCAACCAGCCAGUGUUGUAUUUUUGUCUUUGUACCCAGAGAACAAUUAAAGGAACAAUAUGUCAUAUAUAUACUGUGUUAAAUCAUGUAAUAGGCAUGAUAUCUCAUCAGAGAUUAAGAAAACAUAAGUUAAAAUACUGGCCUCCCCAACAAUAGUGCUAUGGUAUGUAUGUCCUCCUAUGAAAUGUCCAUUCCAGUGCAGUACGUCUGUUUUUGUUUAAGCCUGUGUGAGUCUGUUUAUACCAGGGGAAUGGUCAAUCUUUAAGGUUGUACUUUUCAGGUUGUAGUUUUUAGGCUGAACAACAUGUUCUCGUGAGACGGUGUGCAACUGGCUUUGAGAAAGGCAUAUGUUUUUCUCUUUUCUAGUGGGUGUGUCACUGGUGUUACUUAAUC